UAAAAAUAAACCAAAACAAUUUAAAAAAAUUACUUUUUAUGUUUCAUGUUAUUAAUGUUACUGUCAGCUGCAGCAGUUGGAUCAAGUGUUUUCAUGCUUCUUAAUAACAGCUGUUACCCGAGGACUCCAGCAGGGGGUGUGUGGAGGUGCUGUGCUGCCUUCAGGGACACUUCAAAGUUUGGAUCUGCACAUCCUUCAACAAAUGCUCUCCUUUUCAAACCCUCUGCCCUCUUUCUAAUGAAUGAGAUUAAAAACUUUACUUCUUCCUGUGCCAGUGUAGGAAAUGUAAAAAGUAAAUAUGUGUUAUAGGUAUGUAUAUAGGUAAGUAAAUAGGUGUUCUUAUUGAAAUAUCUACCUUCGUGAAGGUUGUAUUUGUCUUGUGUUUUUCUGUGGUGGUUUUUAGGACUAAAAAUAAUAGACUAUAUAAUGCAGAUUUAUGUUUGAUAUAUUUAACUUCAGGUCCUGGAAUGUGUUUUGUCUUUCCUCAUGUGUUUGUUGGUUUAAUACACCUGACGGUUCAUAUCUGAGAUAAUGGCCUUUUUUAUGUUGGCUACUGAAGACAAAACCACAGCCACUUCACUCUCCUACACAGAGGAAGGAGGGGGGUUUAGCUGCUGUGACGGGUAGAAAAAGAAGUGUCAGUCUCACUUUACUCUGUGGGACAAUGGGACAAACAUCUCUUCUGAAGCUGCUCUGGCUGACCUCGCUGCUCUGCUGCACAACAAAACAAGCUGGUCUGACGGUGAGUCCCAGCAGCUCUCAGCUGUUUAAAGGAGACUCUGUCUCUCUGAGCUGUGAGGAGGACGACAGCUCUGCUGGAUGGAGGCUGAGGAGGAACACCACCAGAGAAACCAGGACUCAGUGUGACGACUGGGGAAGAUCAGCUGGUUCUUCCUGUAACAUCGGUGUCAUCGUCCCAUGGGACAGUGGAGUUUACUGGUGUGAGUCCAGAGAGGGAGCAACCAGUAACAGCAUCAGCAUCACUGUCACUGGUGGAGCAGUGAUCCUGCAGAGUCCUGUCCUCCCUGUGAUGGAGGGACAUGAUGUCACUCUGCACUGUAAAACAAAGACCCCUCCCUCCAACCUCCCAGCUGCUUUCUAUAAAGAUGGCUCCCUCAUCACAGAGACUACAGGUCACAUGACCAUCCACCAUGUUGACAAGUCUGAUGAAGGCCUCUACAGCUGUGACAUCAGAGGUCAUGGAGAGUCUCCACGCAGCUGGAUCACUGUCACAGAGACACCCACCACCACAGCUCCUCCACCUCCAGCUGUUACUACAUCUGUAAUCUUAGUUUCUGCAUCUGCCUGUGGUCUGGUGCUCCUGGUUCUGUUGGUUCUGCUGGUUCUGUUGGUUCUGCUGGUGAGACGACGUGUCCGGAGGAAACCUGGAGAGCGAGAAGCAGCGCCGCUGUCCUCAGCUGUGAAAGGAGCAGCUGACGUCAGGGAUGAAGCAAACAGCUGGACAGGAGCUGAUGCAGCUGCAGUUUACGCAGCAGUGGGAAGAACAGCAGACGUCAGUUACGGACAGAUCAUCAUCAGAGCAAACAGCAGCAGAGGGUGUCCACCAGAGCCUGAGGUCGUCUAUUCGUCACUGAUGUCGACCGUCACAGCUUGUCACCAGUCCACCCACUGACGUCCUGCAGCUGGUUCGCUGCUCACCAACUGUGAUUGUGGUGGCGGCGGAGCAGCUGACGUUAACUCCGCACUGAGGGGGAACUCCUGUACCAGCGACGUGUUGCCACCGGAGUAAAUAAGGAGCGCACCGUAAACUGUAUAAAUAGGCCGCACAGGUGGUUCUGUGGCCGGUACUACACGG